AUGGCUUCUUCAAACAGAGAGCUGAAGACAAUAUCUGAAGAUUUGAAGAUUAUUUCAUCCAGGUGGCAAAAACUUGAAGAAAGGAAGAAGAUUUUGUGCAUAUUUCUGGAGUUGAGGAAACGUGCAGAAUCUGAAGAAACAGAGGACUUAGCUGCUCAUCAGCAAGAAAUUUACUACAUUGACAGCAAACUUAGAGAACUUAAGGAAAAGAAAGCUGAACUUCAAAGAAACUAUCAGCGCAUCUUAAAGGCCAAAGAGCAAAGCAACAAGAAAGAUUCAGAUCCGGAGGUGGCGUAUAGUGGUUUUGAAAUUGGUACAAAAGUUUUCUAUGUUGAGCCCCCACCUUCCUUCCCCGCCCCCUCAGUCAACCUGGAUUUGGAGAAACUUCCAGCAGAGUCGAGCAAAACACAAUGCCCAGAAUGCAACCAGUUUGUCGUGACAGAGACUUUUACUUCUAUCAGCAGCCUGACCUGGCUCAUGUGUUUUGUAACAGCUAUGUUGCGUGGCCGGCUGCUGCCUCAUUCCUUUUUGCACAGAUACGUUCAAAUCCACUACACACAGAUGUCCGAAGUGCCGAACGUCAAUCGCAGUUGUCAAAAAGCUCUGAAGAGGAAAGACAAGCGGUUGAACACUGACGCACCG